GUUUGUAUCAACUCAGUCGAAUGUCUGUUGAAUAUCCAAAAUGAAAACAACUUUACCGCACUCUUCCGCGUGGGGUAUGAGUAGAAAUAGGUAGGAGGAGGUUGUGUGUUAAUUAGUUCCAACAUUAGUCCAUGUCAUAACCAUAACCUAGUCUGUCGUAGCAAGAAACCGUUCUGUCUUUGCACUGAUUAAUGGAUAUGAAUGGUUGUGGGGAAACGUGACAUCUGGUAUAAUGUUUGCAGACGUGGAAGUUGUUUUGCGGAAUUAGUUAUCUCAAGGCUAACUGACUGACUGAGGCCUGCCAUCUCUACCGUAGGCGAACUAGCUAGCCACUUUACAAUGUUACACAUUAUGUUGUAUCGUUGGAUAUCUGAAACACUCAGCUGAAGUUAAAUUAUUAUGUAUAAUGUCGCAGCCAGGUUACAUUUGACUAAGGGCAUCCCGUGUUAUCGAUAUUAACUUGUAAAGUGGAGUGUAAGUGAAGUGUAAUGCACAGGGCAUGCCAUUUGUAGCCUAAUAGAUUUAUAGAAGAUUUGGAGGCAUGGAUGGCAGAAAGGGCACUGAAGAUUGUACCAUUAGGGAAAUAUUUUCUUUUGUCUGUGAUAAACGUUUGACUUAUGCGCAGCUUGAUUGCUGUUCCUCGCAUAGUGCUCUUCCAUGGCAGGGUAAAAACUUGAUGAUACACAGCAUUACAGAUCCUUCCCAGAAACCUUUGCAUCUUACUGGUCAUCAUGGCAAUGUAUCCGCUAUUUCGUUUGGGAAGAACAGAGACCCCCUUAUGCUUUGCUCUGCCUCCGAAGAUUAUGUGAUAGCCUGGGAUAUUGAACGUUGCUACAGAAAAGCAAGAGAUGGUGCAAUUGUCUCAGGUACAGUUAUUGGAACACUUCUUGGUAAAGUAGUGCAUCUUUCCUUCUGCCCUCUGGACAAGAAGGUAUCGGCUUGCGCAGGCUCCAAAAUUUAUAUUCUGAAUUCCAAGAAGGAAGAAGUUUUUGCUGUGUUGAAGGGCCACCUAGGGCCUGUGACGGCGUCAGUAUUUUCCCCAUGGGACGCAAACAUUCUUGUGUCCACUUCAGAAGACAGAACAUUUAAGGUCUGGGGUUUGGCAAAGGAGGAGAUACUCUAUCAAUCUGCUGUACUCUCAGGCUGCCCACUGCUCAGUGUUUAUGUCACUGAGGACAGUAAGCAACUGGUCACUGGAUCUUCUGAUGGACAGGUUUGGCAUCACACUGUCCUGGAUGAUUACAAAUGUCGCUUGGUAACGAAACUGGAUUUGCACAACAUAGAACACAAACAGAAGAGGAUUCAGGAGAGCCAAGCACAACAGACAGCAGGGAUAUCAGCAAAUUCUACAGGGGAUGGUGUGAUAGUUGAAACAGUAAAGCCAGUUUUGGGAAUCUUCACAUUUAAGCCUUAUUCAAGACACUCAGAGGAGAGAUCCGUUGGUGCUACUGAUCUCAGUGAUUCUGUCUCCUACAGAGACAGUAGCUGUUUGUGGAUAGGCAGCUCUGAUGGCUUGUACCUAGUGAACUUGGCUUCUUCAGAGCUCCUCAUGGCCUUCCAUUUUAAAGAUUAUCUUGACCUUGGCAUCACUUUGGCUGGAUCCUUGGCUGUCACCCAGACAGACUGUAAUAUACACUGUGUGGUGACUUCUCUGUUUGAGCCACGGAUGGCACUGUGGCACAUCAGGCUUCCAGGGCAGCUGGAUGGUCUCUGCUCCCAGCUUGAGAAGGCCUUCCUUGGGCAGGAGCUUUCAGUGGUGCCCAGCUCCCCACCGAUGCCCACUUCCCCUCUGAACGCUGAGCUUACAAGAAGAGACCCCAACCCCCCCAAGAAAGCAGGCCCUGGCAAGCUAGGUGGUGUGAAGGACCAAUCAGUUGUGUUUCACUCACAGGUGAAAUCAUCUGGAUAUGCAGUAUGCUCUCAGAGAAAAAUGUUCACACCCAAAACCAACAUUCAGAAGAAAACCCCGAGGCCUACUAAGACGACCAAAAAGAUCAAUGGUCUUCUCCGUGAGUACCCAUCAGGCCCGGCUGCUCCCUCAACUCUGCACACGCUCCUGAGCGCCUCGCCAACACACACACCAGUCUUUUGUCUACAAUACUCAGGAGAUGGAAAGCAGGUCCUGUGUGGUCUUGGAGACACAUCAGUGUUAUUGUACAAGUCUUCCCUCUCAGGCAGCCCAUCUGUCUACACAGGUCACAACAAGGCAGUGAGCAGCGUUUGCUGGAGUCACAGCUGUGGAUGGUUCCUGAGUGCAUCAGAGGACCGGAGCGUUCGCAUAUGGGCCGCUGGAAGCAAGGAGCCCACCCUUAUCAUGGGAAGGGACCGCUUUUCCAAACCUGUCCGAAGUGCGCAGUUUUACUACCUGGACAAGUUUCUGCUGCUGGCCUCCGGCUCCUCGGUGCACCUCUUCCUCUCUCACCUAGACGCCGCGCGUGACGACAUCAAGAGGUAUGAGCAGAAGAGCUUCUCCAGACUGGUUAAAAGUUUCAGCUCAAAGUCAGGAACUGACAUCACCGCCAUGUCAGCCAUCAAUGACUUUUUCUCCUACAUUGUGCUGUCGUGCGGCGCCGACCGAUCGAUCCAAGUGUUCGAUUUGAAUGUGGGCAGUGUUGCCAUGGAAAUUCCAGAGAGCCACAGCAGAGCUGCCCAUCACAUCACUCAGAACAAGGGCUCCACGUACUGCAGCCAGAGCCAGGACGCGUACAACCUUUUUGUAACGAGUGCAAUCACAGAUGGCAUGAAGCUGUGGGACCUGCGCACAUCAAGGUGUGUUCGCAAGUAUGAGGGCCACGUGAAUCGCUGCCAUCAGUGCACGGCGGCGUUCUCUCCUUGCGGCCGCUUCAUCGCCACUGGGUCUGAGGACAACUGUGCAUAUGUCUAUGACAUCCGAAGCAGCAGCUACCUCUACAAACUUCAGAGGCACACAGACACUGUCCUAAAUGUUUCCUUCAAUCCAGCCACACCUGAGCUCCUGACAGGCACCCUGGAUGGGAAGCUCGGGCUGUUUCACCCAGGACAGAGGGCCUCUCUCCCCUGACGAGAGCGAUGCCAUUUCCCCCCGGAGUGCCGCGUCCUCAAGGUCCGCCGAGGCCCCCCCUAAGCCAUGCGGGUUUAAUUGCUCACGCCAUGUGGUGAAGGCCUAAGGAGAGAAGACUACAGGGGGGUUACAUCACUCAGGCCUGCGACUGCACUGUGGUUCCACAGCCGGAGCAGCAGUGCCUCACAGCAAACUCUGACACAAGGCCCAUGACUUCACCCAACUCCACUGACAGGACCGCACGGCCUACCACAUGCAGAAGGGCUUUAUGUAACAUCUAGGCACAUCGCAAAGGGCAACACCUUCAAAAACACUGAACAUAUGUAGUGACUUUGUUCAUCCGUAUUGGAUGUGUAUAGGCCUGGACUUGUUUGACAGUUGUGUACUGUAUAGUUGAUAUGAAUAGUUUGACCUUGUCUCUUUGUGCAUUAGUUGAAAAAUGUGGUUCCUUAAGAUGUAUAUUAACUAUGGCUAUAAUAAACAUGUUGCAAAGCUGAGAAACUCUGCAAUUACUCUUUUAAUAAUAGCUUCCUUCAGUAGAAGCUGUGUGAAGCUACUGUUUAGCCCAAAGCAUGUUUAUUUUCUGCGCGCAAGUGCAUUAUCAAGUACAGUAAACAUUGUAGACCAGAAAAUAUGUCUAGGGCUGUGUUAAGGACCUCUUUCAUGUGAAGAGAGUGGCGAUUUAGAGACGGGGUAAUUAACCCUGCCGUGUGCGAGCCAGCUGUGGCGUUGGGCAACAGGAGAAGACUGAUGGAGGGGUUUGGGACGAGACAGGGUGGUGCUUGCAGACUUCCCACUCCCUCAUGUGAGAUCAUUACACCCCCACGCCCAUGAUGGAGGUUUAAAAAUAUUCCUGUUCCAUUCCGUCUUUUUGGGCUUGAUGCCACACCAAAGGAGUCCAUAUCAUAAACUCUAAAUACUUGGCAGAGGAUGGUUUGUGUUUUAAACAUCUGAAAAGGGCAUAUCAGUGACUUUGUUCCAAUGGCUACAUAUCCCUCCUGCAGGUUGAGAAUGAGCACCAUCUGUCUCAGAGGAGCAUACCAGUGAUGGGGGUUCUUCAUCUGUGUACUCUCGGUAUAGAAUACAUUCUGUACCGUACGUUCGUCAUGCGCUUAGUCUUAUAUGUGAGUGAUGUCCGUCUCUGUUCUUUGAUGUGCUCGAGCUGGCUAACUGUAAAUGGUCUUGGUUAAGACAUUAGCUUUUGGAACUGUUACGACCCUCUGUCUUUGCAAACGUUACACGUUCGCUUUUAUGGGAAGGGGUGUUACGGCCCUAGUGUGAUCUGGCCGUCUUGUGUGCUGUGUUCAAUUUCAGGGCCACGCCCACCUCUGAUUGCCUGAGUGAUUCCUGCUUGGGGCUGAUUAUUGGUCAGCCUUUAAAAGACCCAAGACUGCAUCAGAGCAGUGCCUUUGAGCCCGCCAGCAUCCACGGUUGUGUGAGAGCCGUGGAUGGCUGUGUGUAGUGUUUUGUGUCCUUUGCGUUUAUGGUGCGUGCAAGCACGGCAACUACUCUUCCAGUUGGGCAAGUUUGAGUGGCUACGAUGUAGCACAGCCUGGCCUAGUGUGGCCAGGGUGUGCCGGGUUUGGCACAAGCCUAGUGUCUUCGUGUGGCCUUGGUGGUCAUUGUGUGCAGUGUGUGCCGAAUGCGGCAACUACUCUCCCAGUGGGGAGUUUGAGUGGCUACGAUGUAGCACAGCCUGGCCUAGUGUGGCAGGGUGUGCCGGGUUUGGCAUAAGCCUGUUUAGUGCCUUUGAGUGGCCUUGGUGGCCUGGGGUGUCCAGGUGAGGUACCUGGACAUGCUUAUUUUAUAGCCCGGGGGGGCUUCUUUGUUUGUUUGUCUGUUUGUCAUGUCUACGUUUCCAUAGGCCGAGCCUAACAUUACUUUAGUUCUGUUAUUGUUCCUUUGAACUCUUAUUUUGAUUUAUCAAUAAACUGGUCAUUUCAUUCAAUUGCUUCCUUGUUUGUGUUUACUAUUUUCUCUUUAGUUUAGUUACGGCAUCCUCCA